AUGCCGACGAAUGGCGGUGUUCGAAACACUGGCGGGCUGCGUGUGGGCAACACAAUGACCCAAUGGUCCCUGUCAAGAGAGAUCAAGAUAUAUCGGGUCAACAUCAGCUCCGUUCUUGAUCAGGGAUACGUCCGUGGAUUCCACGCGGCCAAGGCAAUGAGCUCCUUCAAAUCGGACCUGGGCCAUUUCGUCGAAGGGUCCAAGUAUUACUAUCAGCGUGUUGCAGAACCGGAGGAGAUUGCGAACAUCGGCGUGUUCCUCGCCUCACACCUUUCGGCUUCCAUCAACGGCCAGAACACUGUCGCGGACAGUGGAAAGGCUGUUGCCGCAUUGGGGGAAACUGUCAUCGGACCUGUUUGCCCGAUGUUGCCAUUUUAA